AAUUAAUAAAUACAAAAUACACGCAUACACGCGCGCGCACUCGCACGGCGAAGGGGAAUCACUGAAGCUUGGAUUUCACGUCGAGGCGCUCUUGCCCAAUGCAAUAUGUUGCUAAUCUGACUGCGCGUGGAAUCAUAUCAGAGAGCCGCUUCAUGUUUAUCAACGUCAACCAGGGAAACCAGAGGCGGUUUUAUCUCUUGCCCGAGCUCUUUCACUUUUUAACAAGGACGUACAUAGCCCACGCGUAAAACCUCGACAGGACACGUGUAAUUUUGAGUCAGAACGGAGGAAAUAGAAGCAGGUUUUCUUCUAGGUUCUGAAUAACGCGGGUGAAGUUUUGAUUCAUUUAGAAUCUGCAACGCAUUGAACGCUUACUGUCAAAGUGCAUGUGUGUUUUUUAGUAACACGAAGGAACGUUAUAGCAAUUUCCUAACUGCGAAAAUUCAAAGCAACUAUUCUUUGCAAGGGGUCCUACAAAUUUUCAGAGAAUGGUAAAUGAUCGAUGGAAAAUCAUGAACAGUGUUUCAGAACUCGAAGAUGGACAUCAGCAUAAAUCUCAGAGGAUGGGCUGUAGCUACUUCCUGUGCACCAUCAUGCUCUUCGUGGCCGUCCUCCUGGCCGUGACGGCAACGGGUACCAUCCUCUUAAUGAACCACUACCAAGCCCCACCCCCCGGCACUAACAACGGUCCCCCACUCAUCUCCACCAACCAGGAUGAAGGCAACGCCCUGGUGACGGUCGAGCGGGGCGACGGCUCACGCAUCAACAUUUUCAUCGACCCCAACUGCCCCGACUACAACAACAACUUCCUGCGGCUGGAGGGUGUGCAGACUUCGCUGCUCCACUCGCUGACCGACCACGACACAAGCCUAAAGUCAGUGAAGGGCCAGGACCGAGCCUUGCUGGUGAAGUUGGCUGAGGAGGUGGCCAAGCUCUCGGCCCAUGCCAGCCAGCUCAGGUUGGAGUACGAAUCUCUAAGGCGAGGCCAGGGGAACCUGGGACAAGAGCUCAACACUCUGCAAACGGAGCAAGGCCGACUUAUCCAGCUGCUGUCUGAGAGCCAGAUAAACAUGGUGAAGGUGAUGAACUCAGUGAACGAUGCUCUCAACUCCAUGCAGAAGGAGACAGGGAACCUGAAGAGCAAGUUCAAGGCAGACCUCCAGAGAGCACCUGUUCGCAGUGCCCGGCCCAAAGGCUGCUCCAAUGGCUCCAGACCUCGGGACUGCAGCGAUAUCUACGCAAGUGGUCAGCGGGAGGACGGGAUCUACUCUGUCUUUCCCAUGCACUACCCUGCUGGUUUCCAGGUCUUCUGUGACAUGACAACGGACGGAGGAGGAUGGACGGUCAUUCAGCGCAGAGAGGACGGCGCAGUGAACUUCUUCCGAGCAUGGGACGCAUACCGCGACGGCUUCGGCAAGAUCACAGGGGAGCACUGGCUUGGUUUGAAGAGGAUGCAUGCCUUGACCAUCCAAGCCAACUACGAGCUGCGAAUUGACCUGGAGGACUUUGAGAACAGCACAGCUUUCGCCCAGUACGGAGCCUUUGGAGUGGGACUGUUCUCUGUUGACCCGGAUGAGGAUGGAUACCCGCUGACUAUUGCUGACUACUCAGGCACUGCAGGUGACUCGAUGCUCAAACACAAUGGGAUGAAAUUCACCACCAAGGAUCAAGAUAACGAUCACUCAGAGAACAACUGUGCCUCCUUCUACCACGGCGCCUGGUGGUACCGCAACUGCCACACGUCCAACCUGAACGGACAAUACCUGCGUGGGCAGCACACCUCCUACGCCGACGGCAUCGAAUGGUCCUCCUGGACGGGUUGGCAGUACUCCCUUAAAUUCGCAGAGAUGAAGAUUAGGGCCACGAGAGAGGAGAACAAAUGAGAUGGAAACAAUACUACGUGAAACCAUAGACUAAUGGACUUAGGUGUUUUUAAAGACACUCAACCUGCCGUGAAUCAGAAUGAGGACUAUGCUCGUACUGUAACCCCUGUCCAAAAACAUUCUAAUCCCCUCUUGUGGUGUUGUGUUGAAGCCUCCAAGGUUUUGUAACCUUUUGCAAUCUCUCGCUGAUCUGAUCAUGUUUGUAAUAAUUAAGUCAAAAUAAUGCAGGUAAUGUCAGAACUACAGUAUCGUUGUGCAAUUUUGAAAUAUGAAAUGUUAGGAUUUCUCUCAUUCCCUUAAAUUAAUAGAAUUUCUUACAGUUUAUUUUGGCUGUCCCUGUUACUUGUAUAUACAGUUAUCUUUGCAUCUGACAGCAUCAUGAGUUCUCCUAAGUGUUACGCACUGGUUUCGGUGAACCAAGUUUGCUUGAUGAGUAACCUUGCUUGAGACCUGGAGACUUGUGUUAGCUCCCCAAGCUAAUGCUUAGGCUUUAGCUCAGUGGGCUAUGACCAUACUGUGGCGCACAGGAAACGUGGGUUUUAACCCGGUCAGUUACAUGAGCUCCUGGUUGACCCCUAGCUCCUGGUUGACCCCUAGCUCCUUGUUGACCCCUAGCUCCUGGUUAACCCCUAGAUCCUGGUUGACCCCUUUCUCCUGGUUGACCCCUAGCUCCUGGUUGACCACUAGCUCCUGGUUGACCCCUAGCUCCUUGUUGACCACUAGCUCCUGGUUAAUCCCUAGCUCCUGGUUGACCCAUAGCUCCUGGUUGACCCCUAGCUCCUGAUUGACCUCUAGCUCCUGGUUGACCUCUAGCUCCUGGUUGACCCCUAGCUCCUUGUUGACCACUAGCUCCUGGUUAAUCCCUAGCUCCUGGUUGACCCGUAGCUCCUGGUUGACCCCUAGCUCCUGGUUGAUCUCUAGCUCCUGGUUGACCUCUAGCUCCUGGUUGACCCCUAGCUCCUUGUUGACCCCUAGCUCCUGGUUAACCCCUAGCUCCUGGUUGACCCCUUGCUCCUGGUUGACCCCUAGCUCCUGGUUGACCCCUAGCUCCUUGUUGACCACUAGCUCCUGGUUAAUCCCUAGCUCCUGGUUGACCCGUAGCUCCUGGUUGACCCCUAGCUCCUGGUUGACCUCUAGCUCCUGGUUAACCCCUAGCUUCUGAUUGACCCCUAGCUUCUGAUUGACCCCUAGCUAAUGGUUGACCCCUAGCUCCUGCUUAACCCCUAGACAUACCUUGUGAUCAUGUGUCAGUCCUGUGUCCAGUAAGACACAUUCAUGACAAAGACAUUAUAUCUGUCAGACAGGGUUUUUCAAGCCAAUCACUUCAUAAAUGGCACUCUUUUUUUUAUAUAACAUUCUCAAAAGACAUUGACCCCACAAGACUGGCUUUGAGUGGCAUGCGUGUGUGACCUGUGACAGUGGUAGUAGAGAGAAUGAAGAGCAUAGGUGAGGGGGCUCGGCCAGCGGGCUGGGCCAAUUAUGAUCAGAGGCCUGUAUCUGUGUAGACUUCCAGUUGGUGGUGGAAACCUUCUCAGACAGUAGCUACUAGCCUAUAAGUUCAUCUCCUUGUCAUGUGGAGGCUUCCCUGUCUCUCACUUUCUCUCCCUUACUUUACAAUCACUGAGAGACAAGUCUGUUCACUGAUAUGCUGUCUUGACUCAACUCAAAUCAGUUGAUUCAGUAUACUGGGUUUUGGCUGCAUUUACACAGGCAGCUCAAUUCAUUAAUCAGAUCAGCUCUGAAAAAUAUUUGAUGUGAAAGAUCUGAUGUGAUUGGUCAAAAGACCAAGGAGUGUAAAAAAAUAUCAGAAUGUGGCUAUCUGUGUAAAUGCAGCCUUCUAGUCUCAGUCCUCUUCAGUGAUGCGUCUGUACAGGAGGUGGUUAAUAAGUAAGGCAAAUCAUGUUCUUUACUCAGUACCAAAUAUUGAGAUUCCCUCAUGGGCACCCACAAUAGAAAAAAAAACAUAUCCAAAACGCAUUAUUUGUAUCAUAAUACAAUGACUUCUGGCAACUCAUUCCCCACAAAAAGCAGCCAUUUGGCCAGGCAUUGAAAGGCAUUGUGUUGCUGGUACAGUAGGACUGUACAGUGUGUCUUUCUCCUUCUUUACAGUGACUUGACAUGGCUUUAGAUGCCUUUGUGGCAGCAGACAAUUGUACAUCUGUGUGGUGCCUCCUCAGCUGUAAAAGUCUGAAUGACAACAUGGCAGGUAGGCUAGCGGCAGGUAGGUAGCCUAUAAGACUGUUGAGCAAGUUACCGAAGGUAACCGAAGCCUAGUUGAAAAAUAAGUCGAUCUUGAGCAAGGCACUUAACCCUAAUUGCUUCUGUAAGAUGCUCUGGAUAAGAGUGUCUGCUAAAUUACUCAAAUGUAAAAAUAUGUUGUUACAAAGUUGUAGUGGCACAUUGAGGCUCAGAACUUGGAGUCUUGAAACGACAUUAUGUGGUAGUUAUGUGUUUGCUGGGAAUGUGGUGUUCUUCUAUGAAUUCUGUAUUAUGUUGCAGCCAUUUUUCAUUUACUGUAAUCAUGUACUUAUUUAUUUCCUUAUUUAACCUCUGUUUGUUUCGUCAUGAUGUGGCUAAUGUUUCCAUUUAAAGGUUGAGUGAAAGCAUAUCUUAUUAACCUCACCAAUAUGUGAUAGGUAGAGAGAUCUGUCUAAGUUUGGCUGAAGCUCAAAAGAUGGAAUCCGCAGUAAGGGAAACUGCGCAACUGUCUGCCCAACGGCCGUAGUUAUUGUUUUGUUCAUGAAGCAGGGCAGAGAAGUCCGUGGGGGGGGGGACAGUGUUUGUUGUUUACAGUAACUUCUUUGUUGUUGUAAUACCACAAUCUAACGUGGCAGUUUAACCAAUAAGGACUCCAGCUUGAAGGUGAGAUUUUUAUGAUGAUAUUAUUUUGAGUCUGUUUAUAAUGGUCUGCUGUUGUUGUAAAAGAUCCCUCAGUCAAAUAUGAGCACUUUAAAAGCAGAUACGUUGCGAUUGACAUACAGUAUAAUUUGUAUGUUUUUGUCUCAUAAGGAAUAAAAAAAGAAACCAUCGUUUAGAUGUGUAUAGUUGUCUCUUCACAGCA